UAUGCUGACGACGUAAAAUAUUUUUUUUUGUAAUUAUUACUAUUUUUUUUACCUUUUAAAUUUAAAAACAUAAUAUAAUUUGAUAAUAUUUUGUUUUUUUUUUAAAUAUCGAAUAUAAAAUAAAACAAUUCUAUUGGUUGGUGAAUCUAGAGGUUCAUCCUAGGGAGUGCACCUAAGAAUAAGUCUUUACUAAUUACAAGCUUUAUCAUAUAUAUUACUCAAAUGUACUUUUACUUUUUUUUACUAAUUACAAGCUUUAUCACUAACGACAAACAGAAAAGGAGUUUACAGAAUUUAUUGUCCUUACAGAUGCAUCCUCAGAAGUCCAAUUCGAACAUGGAGGAGAGUGUCGGUAAAAGACUUCUAUUUCCACGUCACUGUUCAUGCGGUUUCGGGUUUCAACUCCACUUCCUCAUGUGAGCUUCUUUUUUACUUUUCUUAUUUUAUUUAUCCAGAUCUGAUCAUUUCUAACUCUAGUGACCCAAGUAAAAUUUAUAAGUAUAUACAAAAUAUCAAAUAAAUAACAUUUUAAAAUAUAUACAAAUGCAAAUAAUGAUUGGUUUCAACGACUAAAUCAUAUGUUCCAAAUGGUACAAUUAUUUAAUUUAUUAUCAUACCAACAACAAAAGGUCGGUUUAAUAGUACGUGAAAUACAUAAUAAAAUGUUAACGCCGAUUUAAUAAAAUAAGAUACUUAUCUUUAAUGCAUUAUUCAAUAUUAUAGCCUUCAAAUUUUCAGACUGGCGAUGGUUUGCAUGUGCUGGUGAUGAACUAGCGGGCAAGCAAUGAAUCUAUCAGCAUCGAUUACGCAAAAAGCAUAAUAAUUUUUUUUAUAAAGUUUUAAUAAUAUUGGUUUAUCAGAAUUUUAGAGCGGACUUUUUAAUAAUGAAUUUAAAUAAUUGGAAAUAACGCUAAAACUUAUAAUUCGUCUAACUUUAUAAUACACAUAAAAUAUAUGAUUUUUCCAUCCGGUCUCACAUUCGUUUAAAUGAACUAUUAUUCUAGCAUUUUAAACCAGGAAAAAUAACUUACAAACAAAAAAUCUCCACUUUUGCCAAUAAUGCAAAAUUUCGAAGUUCUCAAAACCACGAGCACCCAUAGCUUACAAACUAACUAGAAGAGAUAUGGUAAGUGUGGAAACAAGUUGAAACAUAUAGUAAGCAUAAAUAGUUGAUGAAUAAUUCAACUCACUAUAGUUUCUGACAAUUCAAGCCUAAAACUUGUUAUAUAUAUUUGUUAUCUGUUGCAUAUGAGACUAUCAUAAAAAAUCAUGUAUGUAUCAGAUAAAAAACAAUCGGUGGGUCAACUACUAGAGAAAGCCGUGUCCACCGGUUUUGUCUACCAAUUUGAUCCCCGUCGUAACUGCUAUCCACGAGACCAAUCAGAGGCCACCAACCCACCAUUUACUUUUAUAUUAUUAAACAAUCAAUCUCUCUAAUGAUUCAUUUACGUAGUAGCCCGUACAACAUGGCCUUUAUAACACAAUUCACGUUAAUUCAUUUAGCACGUAUUAGUAGAUGUACUCUUGAUUAUCUAUACAAACAGUUUAGUUUGCUCUAAAUUCAAAUGGUUGAUUACUUUUUUGUCUUUAUAGGAAAACAUUCACAAUGUUUUGUUUGAGGUUAGUAGGUUUUAUACAUUUCCCUCCGUGCAUUCUUCAUUAGUUAGUUCUUUAUAUAUAUUUAAUGGAAAUUUUGAGUUUAAGUUGUAAAGGUGGUAUACUAACCACCAUGCAUGAAGAAACAAACAUGUAUGAUUGAGCCCCUAUGAUGAUUAAGAAAAUGUAAUUUAAACAAGCUGGCUUUAUUCCCUGAUCUUUCUACGUGCCAUGAAGCAAUAAUGAUUUUCAUGAUUGUAAUUUUGUGUUAGAUGAUUAAUAGAAAAUAGUAUAUAAAAUCUAUUUAUUAUAUGAUACAGAUUCCAAUUUCCGAUCUGUGUUAAUCUGAUCCUGCAUUUGCUUUUGCUUGAUCUGAUUGCCAAUGUCCACAAGAUUUGAUUUGCUGUUUUACAAAAUGGAUAUGUGUGAGUGGCUAGAAUUUUUAGAAAUCAUUUUUAGUUUACUAUGUUUUUUUUAGAUUCUACCAAUUCUGUUAUUGUCUACUAGAUAUGUCAAUUUUUUUUUUUUUUGAUAUGAUAAUAUUCAUUACCAGGUGAAAUAUAAAGUUUGAUACAAAAACUGGUGGAUAACAUGAAAUCACCAAGAACAAGAACCGAAAGACAUGCCAACUAAAACCCAUAACGGGAAACUUACGACCAUAACAUAAGCAAGACAUAGAACCUGAAAUCAGCAACUAAAAGUUUAAAACACAACAGACUAAACCGUCUACACAAACCAUAAGAUAAUUCAGUCGAUAGAUUUCCUAAAUAACAGAAAGCAGUGAACUAGAUAAGACAGUAUAUUGAAUGGCUAAAAACUAAGAUUCUUUUAUAGAAAAUCUAGAAGGUAUUUUUUUUGUCACAUCAAGAUUAUUCACCUUUCAAUAAAAAUAAAAAUAAAACUAGAAGUCUUCAAAAAAGAAAAAAGAAAAAAGCCAAACACUAAAAAUCCAACCAAGUGAAUAUGGUCGGAUGAUACGGCAGACUUGGAAAUGUGUUAAGCACUCCGAGUUUAAACCUACAAUCUAGAUUAUUUAUUUAUGUGGCCAGGGCGGGUUUACGCCAUUUGAUAGUAUUACCGAGUGCUGUGCCCGGUUUAUGGGAAAUAGUCAGGCCCAUGGAUCUUGAACACCUCCUCGUUGUUUAGAGAAAAAAAAUCUAAAAAUCUAAAAAUCCAAAAACUCAUAUUUAUCAAUUAUCAAUUAUCAAUUCAGUGCUCGAGAAUUUAUUUGGUGGUCAAUAGUCGAUCAGAUGUGCCGAUACCAAUAAUCCACUCUAAACAAUAAGGCCUUGAAGGUUAAAUCAAGCAAAUCAUAAUAUCUCAUUGAUAUUGAAAAAGCAUGUACGCCUAAUGUCACAAUUCUCAAGCCCAAAAUCAUCUUGUAGUUUAUAUUGGGCUAAGAGUAUUUUGAGACCAAGACACAUAUUUCUAGUAAAAAUUGUUGAAGUAUAUAGCUCAAAUCAAAUGGUACUAAAUCAAGCUUCCAAAAGAAAUGAUCAAAUAUGUCAUUGUGAUAGCACACGAAGUAUGAAUCCACCACUAAGUAGUCGACCUUAACACCGUAACAGAAUUAUCUUUUAUCAGCAAACGUCUUUCAUCUUUCUUAAGAGUGACGUUGUUUGUCUUCGCAGGUGAACCAAGUUUCUAAAUUAAAAAUGGUAGAACGAUAUCAAAUUGUCUUUUGUUUUAUUGUCCUUUAUCUUCUUUUUUUUGGUUCAAAUAUCCUAUUUCUUAUGAUAAGUAAAAGAUAAUAAUCACUUUCUAAAUAUUAGUUGCCCAAUAAAUUACAUUGUUACUCAUUACUCGACAGCAUUACUUUAAAAUAUGGGUUCCAGAAAUGGACAGCAUAUUUGUUUCUUCCAUAUGUGGGAAACAUGAUUCGAACAUCAACGCAUACACAUAUUGUCGGAUCUAUGGCGGAUGACUAAUAAGCUAAAUAACACUGACAUUGAAAUUUGAAAGUCAUAAUACUCAUUAUCAUUGAGUCGAUCUCCAAGCCUCACAAAAAAAAACUAUAUACUAGUAAACUAAAGUUACUAGCUUGUAUUUGUCUAAAGUGUAUGGAAAUUUAAGGGCCGAUAUCAAAAUUCUAUGUAUGAUAAUAUAAUGCUCGAUAUUUAACAAUUUCUAAAUUAUUAAAGAACUCAAGAUACUGGUCAAUGACUGAUCAUUCUACUUUUUGAGUUUCCUUUGGUGCUAACUAAUAAGAAUCUUAAGAAGGAGCACUAUAAAUUAAGUCCGAAUCAGAGGACUGAAAAUACGAACCAAGCCGCACUUCCCGUCCAAGAACGUUGGACCAGAGCUUAAUUAUAUUUUUGACAUUUUAAAGAUUGUGGAAGUUUUGGUUACUGGUAUGCAUGACAUAUUUUACAUAGUCAAACGUCCGACCCAAAAUAUUUAAAUUCUUAAACACUUUGGGUUACAUGUCUUGAUAUCCAACAUAUAUGCUCCAAUAAUCCACACAUCGUAUCUGAAAUAUAUAUUCAGCAUACAACCAGUAUUAUAAGUCGGACUAAACUACAUGCAUGAUAAUGCCCGAUUAUGGAUGUAUAUCAUAUGUCACCAAGAGCCAAUGUGGUUUUAAAUUGGUCUUAAUGGGUGUUCUUACUAUGCAUAUCCCUCCACUCUCCAUAAUGAGCUUUCAAAAAAGAUUGAUAUGAGAAUUCUGAAUGUAUAGUUAGUUCAACGUGUUGGAAGAUAAAAGGAGUAGGUAAAAUUAUCACACAAAGACCAAAGAAAUAAGUCAUGAAAAAGUUUGAAAUGGUUAAAGGUCGGCCUCAUGUCUUAUCUUAUCUCAUAUGAUAUGGUCCUCGUCAGAUUUCACUCAUUUUUAUCUUUGAGAAACCAUUAUGUAUACUAGUUAUCGGGUUGCCAAUGUUCUCAAUUUAUAAAUAAAAACUUUGAUGGUCUUAAUGUACAAUUAAAUAGAUAAUACAGGCCUUAUUCAAAAACUAUGACUAAAAAGAAGAGUGGAAAAGAGAUUUAAAAGAUAUAAAUCAAAAGCGUGAAGAAUUAUAAAACAUUAUGAUGGCCUCCAACUAGAUAUCUUGACAAAAAAAAAAAAAAAGAGAGAGAUCACUAUGGAAACUAUAACAAUGGCGAACAAAAGGACAAACAUGCGACGUGCACCAUUUUUUUUGACGUGCUCAAUUUUAUUUUGGUAUUCAUUCUUCAUUUUUUUUCUUAUAAAAUAGGGUCUUUUCUACUUCAAAGUACCUUCCAAUAAGGCAAUAAGUCGUCACACAUAGAGAGGCGUUACAAAACACACACAACAGAAAUAUUGGGCUUUGAUAAGUUUUUGAACUAGUAAUGGAGUGGAAAGAAGGUUACUUAGAUGUGAUCUUAGUGCCGCUAGGGCUAAUGGCAUAUGCAGCUUACCAUGUUUACUUAUGGCACAAGUUACGUACACAGCCUCUCACCACCGUCAUCGGCACUAACGCUAGAGCUCGCCGUUUUUGGGUCGCUUCCAUCAUCAAGGACAACGAAAAAAAGAACAUAUUGGCCGUUCAAACGCUAAGAAACUGUAUAAUGGGAUCGACUUUAAUGGCCACAACAUCAAUCCUCCUAUGCGCGGGUCUAGCUGCGGUUAUAAGCAGCACGUAUGCGGUAAAGAAGCCUCUAAGCGACCCCAUUUACGGAGCUCACGGGGAGUUCAUGGUGGCUCUUAAGUAUGUCACAAUCCUCAUCUUCUUCCUCUUCUCUUUCUUUUCUCACUCUCUCUCGAUCCGAUUCAUCAACCAAGUCAAUAUCCUCAUCAACACUCCCUUUCCUCCGGAGGAUUUGGAGGAGAUGAUGAUGAUGAUAACGCCGGAGGAGUACGUGGCGGAGUUGCUAGAGAGAGGGUUUGUUUUGAAUACGGUGGGGAAUCGGUUGUUCUAUGCGGCGUUGCCUUUGAUGCUUUGGAUAUUUGGACCGGUGCUUGUGUUCUUGUGUUCGGUCAUGAUGGUUCCUCUUCUUUAUAAUCUUGAUUUUUUCUUCUUCGGCAAAGAAAGAAGCAAAAUCGAUAGAAAAUCUAGUUUUGGAUCCGUGUAGAAUCAUGUUGAUAAGCAAUAUACGUUAUACUUGCAUGCAGAUUUCGAAAAUUUAUUUAGGUUUCGGUCUAAUAUCUUUUGGUUCAAGUAAAUUUCUAAUUAUAUAAUGCGUGAUAGUAUAGUUAUCAUAUAGUAUUGAUUUGAUGGAAGAGUAUACAGAGUAUGUACAUCCCUACAUGAGAACUUAAAGAUUAAGUUGGAGUAGGUGUCUUGUGUAAUGUGUCACGUUUCGGUUUGUUGAGAUUUGACGCUAUAAUUGGCAUUUCCAUGUGGGUAGCUUUAUAACUUAUACGCGUAUGAAGAUAUCUGUGUGCGUUAUUUAUUUUUAUAAAUCAUGUGACAUACGUCGACCAAGAAAUGGGCUAAAUAGGUGAAGUACAUCUUUUAUUCCGUGCACUAGUAUCUCACUUAGUUUGUUGUUAUGCGUCAGAACUAGUCGUGACGAUCGAGCCUAUAUAAAUCCUCCCAGUUGUUAAAAAAAAAAAAAUCCUCCCAGUCUGCACAGCUGUUUUCCUAUGCGUACGUAGUAUGGAACUUAAGGAUUUUUUGGAACACCAAUUUCAGUAAAACUUAAAAUCUCCGGUUGCAAGAAAAGCUUGUAAGCUACAA